AUGGCUGCUGGGGUAUUUAUUUCUGUACCGGCAAGCGAUGAGAGGAGAACUACUGAUGGUGCAGAGGUUGUUGUGGAAACUACUGAGAGUGGCCCAAUUGAUUAUCCAAUGGGUUCCGAGAAACUGGACCUACCCGAAAGAUGUUCAGGCAACAUGAUAAGAAAAAUACUGAAAAAGUGCAGAAUAGGACCUACGGAAGCUAUCAACGAUCCGUCAUUUGAUCGACGGACUGUAGUUAGUGGACGUAGAUGGGAAGCUGAAGACUUUGGAGAAGAAUCAGGAAAGCCUGACAAGAGGAGGAGCAGCAGUAGCAGUAGUAGUAGUAGCAGCAGUAGUAGCAACAGUAGUAGCAGUAGUAGUAGCAGUAAUAUCAGUAGUAGCAGCAGUAGCAGUAGCAGCAGCAGUAGUAGCAGUAGUAGUAGUAGUAGCAGUAGUAGCAGUAGCAAUAACAGUAGCAGUAGCAGUAGUAGUAGCAAUAGCAGUAGCAGUAGCAGUAGUAGCAGUAGCAGUAGUAGUAGCAAUAGCAAUAGCAGUAGCAGUAGUAGCAGUAGCAGUAGCAGUUGUAAUAAUAGUAGUAGUAGCAAUAGUAGUAGUAGCAGUAGUAAUAGUAGUAGUAGCAGUAAUAGUAGUAGCAGUAGCAGUAGGAGCAGCAGCAGUAGUAAUAGUAAUAGUAAUAUCGAGAUUGUGAAUGCAUACGGUGAAAGUUGCAGGAUGAAGAAGAAGAAGACGACAAUCGAGUCGAUGGAAGUUGUGAAAAUUGGAGGAAUAAGGUUUUAG